AUGCAUUCUCUUCCUCUCUUCUUGACUAUUUCCAGCACCCUUAUUCCCUUGAACAAUGCACUUCCAGCACCUUCUCCGGCGCCAACAGCGGCUCCUAAUGUCGACGUCGCCGAGCUGCAAGAGCGUCAACUCCUGGGUGGCGUGCUCAGCGGCGUGGGAAGCUUACUAGGCGUCGUUGGCAGCGCGCUGGACGACCUCAACAACCUGAACGGCAAAUCCAAUGCGCAGAGUUCUGCUUCAUCCAUUUUGAUCAACCAAGUCACACCCACAGCCACCGUGACCGAUGCAGCGCAGGCGCAGUCUGCCAUCUCAGCCGUAUGGCAAGCAAGCCCAACGCCGAACAACGUCUAUGCUGGCCUGGGACGUUUGGUCGCUGCAGGAUUGACUGGCGAAGGUGUCGGCGCAGCGAACAGUCAGCUUAUUGGCAACGAGGGCAUGAACAGCAAUAACAAUAACAACCCGAUCAAUCCAUCACCAGCGGCAUACCCCAAAGCCGGGCCCAACGAUGCACCCUAUGACCUGAGCGAAGCAGACCUACGCAAGGCGAUCUACAUCCCCAGCACCUUCCAGUACGGCCGCAAAGGGGCACCUCAACCUGUCAUUCUCGUCCCAGGAACAGGUGCGACCGGCUAUCUGACUUUCGUUGGCAACUACAUUCCUCUGCUGCAGGAUUCCACGAUUGGCGAUCCUGUCUGGCUCAACAUUCCGGGUUACCUCCUCGCGGAUGCUCAAGUCAACUCUGAAUACGUAGCUUACGCCAUUAACUACAUCUACGGCGUCAGCAACAAGCGCCAAGUAGCUGUCCUAGGAUGGUCGCAGGGCAACAUCGACAUCCAUUGGGCGAACAAAUUCUGGCCAUCCACUCGUGCCAAGCUCACCGACCACGUCGCCAUUUCGCCAGACUAUCACGGCACCGUGAUCGCGAACGCCGUCUCCCUCGGCGAACCCCUUCCACCCUCUUUCCUACAACAAGAGUACAACUCAAACUUCAUCACCACACUCCGCAACUACAACGGCGACUCCGCCUACGUCCCAACCACAAACGUCUACUCUGGCUUCUUCGACGAGAUCGUCGAACCGCAACAAGGCACAGGUGCGUCCGCCUUCCUCAACGAUGUCCGAAAGGUCGGUGUUUCCAACAGCGAAGUCCAAGUUGUGUGUGCUGGUCAGCCAGCAGGAGGCUUUUACACGCACGAAGGUGUCUUGGCGAAUGCCCUGGGCUUCGCACUGUUCAAAGAUGCGUUGGCGAACCCAGGUCCCGGACAGCCAUCGAGGUUAAAUCUUGGGCAAGUGUGUGCUGCGCCAUUCACGCCUGGAUUGCACGUCACGGAUGUGCUAUUGACGGAGAAUGCCAUCCUGGUUGCUGGGAUUGCUACGCUGGCGUAUCCCAACAAGGUCGUUGCGGAGCCGCCGAUCGAGAUUAAGUCUUGA